AUGUCGUUCCAGCGCCUUGGUCUGCGCCUGGCGCAGCAACAGACCCGAUCGCCCGUCCUUCGAGCACAAAUUGCGCGCCGCUUUGAGUCGACCGCCGUCGCCAACCCCAAGCUCCCCAGACCCGGUGACAAGCUCGAAGGAGCCGCAGAUAAUGCUUUCAACCGCGAGAGGGCAGCUGUGAAGGCUCACGCUGCUGCUACCAGUGGCCUCUGGCGGAAACUCUCAAUCUACGUCGUCGUCCCAUGUCUGAUCCUCGGCAGCAUCAACGCAUGGAAUCUAUGGAACGAGCAUUGGGAGCACUGGGAGCACAUGCCCCCACUGGAAGAGCGAGUUGAAUAUCCCUACCAAAACAUUCGAACAAAGAACUUCUUCUGGGGAGACGGCGACAAGACAAUGUUCUGGAAUGACAAGGUCAACUAUCACAACAAGGACAAGCAGACAUAG